AUGCUAUUUGAUCAUACCUCAGUGCGUACAGCGCUUAAUAUUGAUGUAACAACUAUUCACGACGAGCUAUGUACUGUUUUCGGUGAUGAAGCUCCUUCUUAUCGAACAAUUACAAGAUGGGCUCAAUGGUUUCGUGAAGGUCGAGAAGAAAUUGAAGAUGAAGAACGAUCCGGAAGACCUGUAACUGAGUGUACUCUUGAAAAUAUUGAAAAAAUUCGUAGUAUUGUUAGUGAUGAUCCUCAUAUUACAAUAGCAGAAUUACAAGAGCAUACUGGUCUAAGUUAUGGCACCGUUCAUAGAAUAUUAUCUGAUCAUCUGGAACUUAGCACAUUCGACCCGAUUCAAUUUUCGUAA